AUGCUUGGAAAUAGGCUCGUCGAAGAGAAAAGACGACUCCCUCAACGCGAUUCGCACAUUGGUUUCCUUGGCGAGACAUCCUAUGUUUCUAUCUUUACGGACGGCCUUGGUAACUUCGAUGUUUCUUCUCCAGGCCUAGAAUCUCCUCAAGUCCAAGAAAUGAGCCUAUCGCACGACCGGAUAAUUCAAGGAUGUAAAGUCCUCUCAUUCUUGAAAGACAAGCACAUGAUUAAUCAUCUUGUAUCGCGCUGGUACGAAAUAUGCGAAGACGAGGCUUGUAUAUGUAUAGAGCCCAUAAUGAAAGAGUGGUUAUGGGGUCUCGGGAUGCAUCACGGAGAUGUUCUUAGAGAUCAAAAUCCCGAAAAGAUUCGGCGAUUAUGUGAAUUAAUCUGGCGUAAUACUCAAACUCCAAUCAUUUUUAACCAAAAUACGACGGCUAAGCAUUGGGCGCGCUCUGCUACUGGACCAAGCAUACGAUGGGAGGUCAUCGGCCUCAUCGCCGUAGUUGCCGGCCAGUCUGCGAACACGCCUGAGCCUUUUGGCCGCGGUUCCAAGAAACAUAACUCGGCACAUUCCUCAUUUGCAAGACAGAUGAACGAGAUUGCCGAGGCCUGUUUAAACUUUUGCCGCGACUGCGGAGCUUUGGGCGACAUGUUCACCUGGCUUCUCAUGGAGAAUUACUCUCUAACGGCUAAGAUUAAGGGCGAAGCUAGUCACACUACAUAUACCCUGAGUGGUGAGAUUGUAGCUUCGGCUGUUGCGAUGGGCUUACACCGAGGAGUCAAAGAAGAGGAUCGGCUUCCAUUCUUUCUAGCAGAACUACGAAAAAGGCUGCUUUGCCAGAUGUAUGGCGCGGAGAUCGGUAUCUCGACGUUUACGGGUCGCCCCCCUCGAAUUUCACACCGUUAUUGUAAUCUACAACCUCCCUUGGACCUUGCGGUCUCUCAACUACUCCUCGAAGGAGACGACUUAACUCUAGCACUUGCUAGUCUAGAUGAGAAAGGAUUCAACACAUUAGGAAGAAUACGUCGCGUUACUUGGAUAAGAAUCUGGAUUGGAUUCGCUAUACAAAGAGAAGAUAUAUUGGACCUAGCCUUAGGCCCGUAUACACGCGACGAGAUCCUACAACGCGCGGAAGAUAUCAAAAAUAGACAUCGCCGAUACAUAGAGGAACUCCCGCAGUUCAUCAAGAAAAUAAGAGACUCGCCUAUAGAAAUAGAGGGUAGACCACCAACGGAAAUAUUAUUUAUGAUCGUAAUCCACCAAUCCUUCCGUUCAAACGACCUUUUGCUCCAGCGCGUCUUGAUUCGCAAAGCCGGGGCAAGCUCAGAUGAGCUCAUACGCCUUGCGCGCUCAAUUCUAAAGGAUAUAUUGUUAAUCAGCCAGCGCCAUGACCUAGGGACACUAUUCAAAACAGAUAUUGCCUCUCUUCUCGCAGUACAAGGUAUGCGGAGCGCCGCCGUCAUGGCGGUCGAACUAUUAAAACAAGAGCAACUCCCCGUCUAUCCGAAAACCCCUCUUCUACCUAGGAGUCAGACCAUCCAAGAUCUAGCCGUUUUCGCAGCUGGGUUGGGGGCUGUCGAUCCUAGUGACGGAUCUUUUAGCAUAUGCGAUCAAGGACGAAAGGUCAUCUCUCAUAUACUUGAUAGGAUUCUGAGCCCCCCUGACCCUCCCAUUCAACGUCAAGCUUCAGGUGAACAACCCGCGCAUCAAAAUCAAGAUCAAGACGGGCAAGUCAACGAGACGGUUGUGGACACUCCGGCGAACGAGCCGACUCAAAGUUAUGGCUUUCACAUGCCGUGCGCAAAUGAUUUUACUAUGACCGAUCUGAACUUUGGUAUCGACGCUCCUUUCUUAGGGCCUGACAAUGACUUUAUGCAGUGGCUUGAGAACAUGGAUUGGGAACGGCCUGUUUAA